CCCGCGACCCGACGCUCAUGUGACAGGCGAGUGAGGUUAGUGCAGUACGUGCGAGGUUGUCGCCGGCAGAACACCUUAGCCUUUUCAGACAGCGUACUACUCUGCAGCCAGAGCAUAAUGUCUCCAGUGACGGUGGAGAAGAUUUCCGAACCCUGCAGAUUAGGAGAGGGGCCACACUGGGACACAGACAAGAAAGUCUUGUACUUCGUCGACAUCGACGGAAUGCGAGUUCAUAAGUACGACCCGGCGACUCGUACUGAAGUGACCGUCAAUUUCGAUGAGGAAGUGUCUCUUAUUAUUCCAGUUAAAGACACGGCAGACAAAUUCGUUGUAACACAGCGUCGCAAAGUGGUGCUGAUGACGUGGGAUGGGGAGAGCAGCAAGCCAGCCGCUCUGGAGGUGAUCGCGACAGUGGAUGAAGGGGAUGGCAAGCAGGACAACCGGAUCAACGACGGCAAGGCGGACUCUGCCGGCACCCUCUGGGCAGGGACAAUGGCACCGAUAAUAAAUAAACAGGUCAUUGUAGACAGGGGAAUAUUUUUCAGUAUUUCCAAGGACCGAAGCGCUAAGACGCAUUUACCAAAAGUCAGCGUGUCAAACGGCAUUGCAUGGAGCCUGGACAACAAAACCAUGUACUAUAUAGAUUCUCCCACUAGAAAAAUAGAUGCUUUCGACUUUGAUGUCACCAAGGCUGAAAUAGGCAACAGAAGGACGGUUUUCAACUUUGAAGAACAGGGCGUGGAAGGAUUCCCAGACGGCCAAACUAUUGAUACAGACGGAAAACUGUGGGUGGCCUGCUAUGGUGGCAAACAGGUGAUCCAGGUGGAUCCGGGCAGUGGCAAGUUGCUGCAGCGGGUGGACAUCCCGGCACUGAACGUGACGUCAGUGGCGUGGGGCGGCGCCGGCCUCGACGAGUUGUUCGUCACGUCGGCGUUCGACGGCAUGACCCGUGAAGAGCUAGAGCGCCUGCCUAUGGCCGGCUGCAGCUUCCGCGUCACCGGGCUCGGCGCUAAGGGACUCCCCGCACACCGCGUCCUCCUCUGAGCACAUUUAUCGUGGCACUCAAUGUUACAGGGAUUGGCUACACUAAAUAAAGUUCUCGUUACAUAUUACCACCCUAGAUGAAGACAUGGAAAUGUGCUACGUCGCCACAAUAUUUUUAUAUUAUUGUUAUUUCCAUGCCCGAUUAAAUAAGUUGUUUAAAAACUGUGA